CUUGUUUGAAAACCGAGUAUUAACAAGAAAGAAUUGGUCAACUACUCCAUCUCUUAUUUGAUUCUUACAAACUACUACAACUUGAUCAAACUCCUCUCACCAAACCCAAAUACCCAGUCGAACCUUCCUACCUUUCCCUUUCUCCACAAUCAAAAACUCUAUAUAUUUCCAUCCUUUUCCUUUCCUCUUAAUUGAUCAAUUACUUCUUCAUCCUUUUGAUCCCUUUCCUUCCUCUUCCUUCUCUCAAAAACUUAAAACUUCUUCAUCAUACUAUUUUGAUUAAUUCGCAAUUAUGAGAUCUGGAAUUGGUUCAUUGAUUUUUGCAAUCUUAAUCGGUGUAUUAUGUACAACUAGUUUGGCGCAAACAUGUAAAACAUAUUCCUUUAGAAACAAUGCGAAAUUUCAGAGUUGUACCGAUCUUCCAGUACUGAAUUCUUACUUGCACUGGACAUAUGAUUCGGCCACAAACAAAGCUAAUAUUGCUUUUAGAGUCACUGGAACGACGUCGUCAAAUUGGAUCGCUUGGGCACUUAAUCCAACAAGCUCAGGAAUGGCUGGAGCACAAUCUUUGGUUGCUUUCCAGAACUCUUCCGGUAGUGGUGUCCAAGCUUUUACCUCUUCUAUUGCUUCUACUGCUAUUUCUGGUCUCUCUCAAUCUACACUCAGUUUCCAGGUGGACAACUUAACGGCAACAAGUUCAAGCAAUGACAUGAUAAUAUUUGCAACCAUAAAGCCACCAAGAACAACUGUGAAUCAGGUAUGGCAAGUGGGUCCAUUGAGUAGUGGCGUUCCAGUGCAGCAUCCCCUUAAUAAUGCUAAUAAAGUCUCCACUGGUUCCAUUAAUUUCCUUUCUGGACAAGCUACUUCUUCUGGUACUGUUACUGUUGCUAGACUUCAUAGGAAAAAUGUACAUGGAGUGAUAAAUGCAAUUAGUUGGGGAAUUCUAAUGCCCAUAGGAGCUAUAAUAGCAAGGUACGUGAAGGUAUUUAAAUCAGCAGAUCCAGCUUGGUUUUACCUUCAUGUGACGUGUCAAUUAUCUGGCUAUAUUAUUGGAGUUGCUGGUUGGGGUACUGGCCUUAAACUCGGUAGUGAUUCUCCUGGUAUUGUUUACCACACUCACCGUAACCUUGGUAUCGCCCUUUUCUGCCUAGCCACUCUUCAGGUGUUUGCUUUGCUUCUAAGACCAAACAAGGAUCACAAGUACAGAUUAUAUUGGAGCAUCUACCAUCACAGCAUUGGGUAUGCAGUGAUCAUCAUGAGCAUCAUCAACAUAUACCAAGGUUUUGACAAAGUAUUGCAACCUGAAAAGAAGUGGAAGAGAAUUUACACUGGAAUCAUUAUUGUUUUGGGAGCCAUUGCUCUUGUGCUUGAGGCAUUUACAUGGAUGGUUGUAAUGAAGAGGAAGAAUAAUAACACAAAUAAACAUGGAAAUCAUGCUAAUGGUACUAAUGGUUAUGCCCAUAAUGGAUAUGCUACUAGAACACAACCUGUUGUCUAAAUUUUUUUUUUAAUACAUACUAACCAUUACACUUAUUAUUUUUCUCUAGGUUGUAUUAUAAUUACAGAUCUUCAUUAUCUCUUUUUUUUUUUUUUUUUCCUUUCUUUUCUUUUUUUGAAUUGAGCUUAUAGAGCUACAUUUGUUUGGUUUAUUACUAUGAUGAUAGUUUUGGCCCAUUUUGAUAUUUCUUUGCCUUUUGAACUUAUGUACACCCUCUUUCCUUUUUCUAUAUAUAUGAGUAUUUAUUUGGGUUUAUA